GAGGCUAUGCAUCAUAGCAACUCCAAGAGUGGAGUCGUCCUGGCUCCCGUGUCAAGAGGUCCCGAUGCUGUUCAGAUGCUAACUAGAGCUCAGCUCGGCCAAGAUCCACCGCAAAGAACAGUGCUAGGGGUGCUAACUGAGAAUGGGCAGCAGUACAGGAAGACCUUUGGCCAGGGAAUCACAGCAAUCAGGUGUUUCUCUGGAUCGGAAAAUGUCUUCCCUCCAGCUGGAAAGAAAGUGCUCUCUGACUGUGCGGUCCAUGUGCCAGCCAAGCAGGGAUUUGAUAUCUAUAUGGCUGAGUCAGAGCAGGUGGAAAGAGACAGCUGCGUGGGGAGAGAGGAGAUGGCUUUUGAAGAUGUGUAUGAAGUAGGCACAAGUACACUCAAGUCAGACCUUCACUUCCUGCUGGAUUUUAGCGCAGUUUCCCCUAUGCUGGUAGAUUCAUCGCUCCAUUCCCAGUCUGAAGAUGCAUCAGAGUUUAGUACAGAUAUAAUAAAUGUGACUGAAUAUGCUGAAGAAAUCCAUCAGUACCUUCGAGAAGCCGAAAUAAGACACAGGCCCAAAGCACACUACAUGAGGAAACAGCCAGACAUUACAGAAGGCAUGAGAACAAUUCUGGUGGACUGGCUGGUUGAGGUGGGUGAAGAAUAUAAGCUUCGAGCUGAGACCCUCUACCUGGCUGUGAACUUCCUGGACAGGUUUCUUUCAUGCAUGUCUGUGCUGAGAGGAAAACUGCAGCUUGUGGGAACUGCUGCCAUCCUUCUGGCUUCGAAAUAUGAAGAGAUAUAUCCACCGGAAGUAGAUGAGUUUGUGUACAUCACCGAUGAUACCUACACAAAACGACAACUGUUAAGAAUGGAACACCUGCUUCUGAAAGUCCUAGCUUUUGAUCUGACAGUGCCAACCACCAACCAGUUUCUUCUUCAAUACUUAAGGAAGCAAGGGGUGUGUGUCAGAACUGAGAAUAUGGCCAAGUAUGUAGCAGAACUGAGUCUACUUGAAGCCGAUCCAUUCUUGAAAUACCUUCCUUCACUGAUAGCUGCUGCAGCGUAUUGUCUGGCCAACUAUACUGUGAACAGACACUUCUGGCCAGAAACCCUGGCUGCAUUUACAGGCUAUUCAUUAAGUGAAAUUGUGCCUUGCUUGAGUGAGUUACAUAAAGCCUGCCUUGAUAUCCCACAUCGGCCUCAGCAAGCAAUUAGGGAGAAAUAUAAGACUUCAAAGUACAUGCACGUGUCUCUUAUGGAACCACCUGCCAUUCUUCCUCUACAAUAAAUUUCAGAACUGAAGCCCUUUCAGAACCGAUCCUCCAGAUCAACAGGAGCGUUCUUUAUAUUUA